AUGGAUAGUAUAGAGAUGGAUAAGGAAAGACUUACGGCGGAUAUGGCCUUUAAGGACUCCUCCUCCGCCGUUAUCAAAAUCCGUCAACGUUUGCCGGACUUUCUACAGUCCGUUAAGCUCAAAUACGUCAAGUUAGGUUAUGGCUAUUCAUGUAACCCUGCAACCAUUCUCAUGUUUCUCAUAAUUGUGCCUUUAUUUAUAGCCAUACUAGUUCAAUUCUCUGGUCUAGAACUAUACCGGGUUUAUGAAUUAUGGAGGACUCAAUCCCUUGAUCAUGACUUCGAUGUGGCCACUAGACUUGCCGGUUCAGCCUUUUUGUUCUUUCUUCUUGCAGUCUUCUGGACUAAACGGUCCACGCCAGUCUAUCUAGUCGACUUUGCAUGUUACAAAGCCGAAGACGAGCGUAAAACAUCAACCGAGUCAUUUUUAAAGAUGGCAGAAGAUCUCAGGCCAUUUGACGAUGAGACUCUUCAAUUUCAGAGACGGAUAUCAACCCGGUCCGGUCUUGGCGAUGAAACAUAUAUCUCAAGAGGACUAAAUGCUAAACCACCAAAUUUGUGCAUGGAAGAAGCCCGGAACGAGGCCGAAUCGGUCCUGUUCGGUGCAGUAGACGCUCUUUUAAGCAAAACCGGAGUUAAGCCAAGAGAUAUCGGUAUCCUUAUUGUGAAUUGCAGCUUAUUUAAUCCGACACCGUCUCUAUCUUCAAUGAUAGUGAAUCGCUACAAGCUUAGAACGGAUGUCAAGAGUUACAAUCUUGGUGGCAUGGGUUGUAGUGCAGGGCUUAUCUCCAUCGACCUUGCUAAAGACCUACUCAAAGCAAACCCCAAAACCUAUGCUGUUGUGGUAAGCACUGAAAACAUAACUCUCAAUUUUUAUAUGGGUAAUGACAGGUCAAUGUUAUUAUCCAACUGCAUAUUUCGCAUGGGUGGUGCUGCUGUUCUUCUCUCAAACAAAGCAAGAGACCGUGUCCGGUCCAAAUACCAGCUGGUCCACACGGUUCGAACACACAAAGGGGCAGAUGAUAGAAACUACCGAUGUGUUUAUCAAAGAGAGGAUGAUGAAGGACAUGUUGGUGUGUCAUUAGCUCGUGAAUUAAUGGCAGUAGCUGGCGAUGCCUUAAAAACGAAUAUCACUACAUUGGGCCCUUUAGUACUGCCUUUAAGUGAACAAUUCAUGUUUUUUGUCGCACUUGUUAGAAGAAAGCUGUUGAAAGCUAAAAAUAAGCCUUACAUACCUGAUUUCAAGCUUGCAUUUGAACAUUUUUGCAUCCAUGCUGGAGGUAGAGCUGUUUUGGACGAGUUACAGAAGAAUUUGCAACUCAGUGAUUGGCACAUGGAGCCAUCAAGAAUGACUUUGCACAGGUUUGGUAACACAUCAAGUAGUUCAUUGUGGUAUGAAUUGGCUUACACGGAGGCAAAGGGUCGGGUCUCCGGUGGGGACCGAGUAUGGCAGAUUGCAUUCGGGUCGGGUUUCAAGUGCAACAGCGCGGUUUGGAGAGCACUGAGGGAGAUUCCAGCUGGGGAGACAAAGGGCAACCCGUGGAUUGACUCCAUUGAUAGGUACCCGGUCAAAGUUCCAGUUGCCUAA